UUUAGUGAAGAAUUUUGUUAGUUUACAUUUUUUCACGUUGGUGCAUACGCGCGUUUUUCGGUGUGCCUUCUACUAACUGCUUUAGUAGGCGAAUUGCGAAGUGUGGUGAAUUUACCUUUAAUAUCUAACGUAGUAUUUCUUGAAUGCAGUCAAACAAAAUGUCAUCCCGUACAGUGUUUGGAGUCUGUCUUCUCUUAGUCUUCUUGACGACCAUCGUACACUUCCCACAAUUGGCUGACGGGCUUGAGGAUGUUUCCUUUGAUGAUCAUGAGACGAGCAAGAUGAACAUAGUUGCGCCAGAGGAUGUUCCGAAAUCACGCACGAAACGUGGCAUAUUUUGGGACUUCUUUCAGAAAAUGGUGACUACGAAAAAUCUAAUUGUUGAUCAAUACGUUGAUACCAGAGAUACAUUGGGCGAUGUGUACAAUAUGCUAAACGAAGGAUUCAGUGAUCCAGCUCCUCGAAAAUCCACAUUACGACCACCCACAAGUACAAAGAAAACGAGCGAUGAGGAUUUGUCUGGCAGCAGCGAGAUGUCCACUACAACGGAGCCUUAUAGAAUUUCACGCUACGAAUUGGGACGUAUUUUGGGACGAAACUUUCGAGGAUUGCAACGUUUAACAAAAAUCGAAUUUCAAGAUGCUUUUAAUCAAUCACACUACAACAUACAAGAAUACAAAGAAGAAGCACGCAAGCAAUUCGCCAAUAGUGUGGGCGUGGAGAAGGUAAACCAAAUAAAAGGACUCAAAGCGGCGCUGAAUGGUUGAGCUGCAGACGAACAUAUUCAUAAAUAUAUAUAGUAUACAGAGAUGUAUUUGUAUGUAUAUAUAGAAACAUGUACAUUUGUAAAUAAGUUACAUCGUGUAUGCAUAAGUCGCAGAAGCUGUUAUGUACAUAGACUUGUAUAUACUUAAUUAUAAGUUUUAUAUUUAACCAACGCAGAAACUACGUAAACUUCUAUAAAAAUU